AUGUAUAAAGUAGUAUGGAGACAAUUAUCAGAGUUAAUCUCUAUGAUCGAGAUUGAAACCAAUGGACAAGCUAAAAUUUUAUCAUGGGAUAAUAAUAGUAAUCAUUCAAACCAACUAGAUGAAAUACCAUUUCGCGUGAAAAUCUCUCCUAAUGAAGGAUUAUACGCUCAUGCUGAAUAUGAAUUUGAGAUCAUAAUUCGUUUGGAACAUUAUGGAGAAACUCCAGUUGUUCGUUGCAUGAGUCAUAUAUAUCAUCCAAAUAUUGAAGAUUAUGAUAUUGGUGGAGCUGUUUGCCUUAAUUUACUUCAAAACUGGAAUAUUGGAAUGGGCCUUAAAGCUAUCAUUAAUGGUUUACUGUUUCUAUUCUAUGAACCUAAUGAAGAAGAUCCAAUUAAUGAGCACUUUAUUAUUCCAUCUGGAUCUAGUUUUCAACAAGCAGUUAUCGAAUCUUUACAAGGAGGCAGUUAUUCUCAUUAUUCAGGACUACCAAACAAAGCUUGGUGUAUUUGGUAUAAUAAAAAUAAGAUAAUGGAACAAAAGGAUUCAAAUGAAAUUACUGAGAAAAAUAGUAAACCAGAAAAAUAUUUAAAAGAUAACUAUAGUAAAUAUCUUGGAUGUAAUGUACAUGAUGAAGUUAUUGAUCAGCAUCUACAUGAAGAAACUGAUGAACAAUAUGACUGUGAAUAUCCUAGUGAUCAAAAUAAUAGUCCAUUUAUCUCAUCAGAGAAACAAAAUAUAGAACUAAACGGUCACUACAAUGAAAUAGACCCAGUCACAUCAUCUCCUUUUAUCUCUUCCAAUUUAUCAUCAAUAUCAACAUUAGAGGAAGAAAGUCAAACAGUACAAUCAUACUUAAAUAUAAAUGAAGAGUUAAAGACAAUGAGAAAAAUGAAAAACAACAAUUUCAACGUUCUUAACUAUGUUCAUCAUUCGUCUACGAUAAAUUUGAAAGAAAUUACAAUCAUAUGGACAAAUAUAAAUAAACCAAUGAAUGUAACUUAUUAUUUUAUGGAAACAUGUAAUUAUGCAUGGAAUAGUCACUGUGAACAGAAAUACUAUGGUCAUUUAAAUAUUGGAUUACCUGACAUUUUUAUUACACAUUUAAACCAAAAAUCUAUUUCACAACAAAUCAGUUUUAUGAAUGAAUAUUCAAUAAAAACACAAAAUAACUUCAAUGAAAAAUUUGAACAUUUCAAUAACUGUAAUGAUUCAACUACUUCAUUAAUGGAUCAAAUAAUGACCAAUGUGCAGACCAUGUAUUUACAAGAUUUUAAUUCAAUGAAAUGGAUGUUUUAUACAACAAGAUGGCCUUCUUUUCUUGUUCCAGGUAGAAUGUUAACUGAAAAUUUCUUAAAACCUAAUUGGGCAUUACCAUUUCGUCGUGCUUCAACUAAACAACUGUUUGACGAUAUAAAUCGUUAUAUAUUGAGUGUUAAAUGGGCUCAUUCAAGUCAAAUAUUUAUCAUUGACCCCUUGGCCUUAUCACCAUUUUCGCCGAUAGCUCUUCGUAUUAUCUAUGAUCAUAACGAACCUGAAAACGAGAAAUGGAUAUACGUCUCUGAAUGGUUAUCACCUUGGCAUUCUAGUACAAUUUUUACAACUGAACGAGGCAGAUUCCCCGGAAUUUCAGUCUUCUGUUGGUUAGCUUUUAUUUCAAAUUGGAUUAGUUAUUUAUCUCGAUAUGAAUUAUAUCACACCUGUCUUGGUUAUUCACGCCCUGAAACAACAAUCUUUUCUAAAGCGUGUAGAUUAACAGAGCCAUUUGGUUCAUGUUAUACUUUUUCUCAUUCUCUAACAUGUGGUCAAAUAAGUUUAUUUGAUGGUUGGAUAUUAUGGCUAAGUAGUUUGAUGAUGCAGCAAAUUACUAAAUUCUCAGUAAAAUUACUAGAUUACAUUAACAAGAAAUACAUUAAAUGUUUACCUGUGUGUCGUUUAUCUUCAACUUAUAAUCCACUUAAUGGCUCAUCUACAGCCAUAUAUGUUUUUACUGAUGUUGAUGAGAUUUAA